AUUUUUACCCACUCACACAGCACGCCGAUUACAGACUUUUAUGCGGGCCGCAAUGUGUUUAUCACGGGUGCCACAGGUUUUGUGGGCGUCACCAUUGUGGAGAAGCUGCUGCGGGAUGUGCCCAAUGUGGGCACCCUGUAUUUGCUGAUGCGCGCCAAGAAAGGGAAGAACAUCCAGGAACGUUUGGAGGAACUGAAGAAGAACUCGGUGUUUGAUCGAUUCAAGGAACUGCAACUGGAGUCGCGACUUUCCAAGAUCGUUCCAAUUGAGGGCGAUGUCGGCCUAGAGAAUUUAGGCAUCUCGCCAAAGGAUCGCCAAACUCUUAUCGAAAAUGUUAAUGUUGUAUUCCAUUCGGCUGCCACGCUAGAUUUCUUCCAAUCCCUGAAAGAAACCACAAACAUCAAUCUACGGGGCACACGUCGUGUUGUGGAGCUCUGUCAGCAGUUGACCAAAUUGGAUGCCUUGGUACAUGUGUCCAGCGCCUAUGUGAACUCGUACAUUACUGAGGUGGAAGAGAAGCUGUAUCCCUCGCCAGAUGAUCCCGAAAAGAUCAUUCAGCUGGCGGAAACUCUUAACGACGAUGCUCUCAAGGAGCUGGAGCCAAAAUUACUAAAGGAUCAUCCCAAUACUUACACGUUCACCAAACAUCUGGCGGAACACGAAGUGGCCAAAGUUGCAAGCAAAUUCCCCUGCGGCAUUGUGCGUCCCAGCAUGAUCACGGCUGCCUGGAAGGAGCCAAUUCCCGGCUGGACGAUUUCGAAGAACGGACCACAAGGCUUCUUCAUGGGCGCUUCAAAGGGUAUUUUGCGUCGAUUACCCUUGGAUCCCACUCUGAUUAUGGACUACAUUCCCAUCGAUGUGGUGGUUAAUGGCAUCAUCGCUACUGGCUUCUAUGUCAAUUCACUGAAAAUUAAGAAUGGCAAUCGUCCAGCCGAGCUGCAGAUCUUCCAUCUUACCUCCAGUACAUACAAGCCUUUCCGUUUCGAGUUCUUGACCGACAAAAUCAAUGGCUAUCUACACGAGUAUCCACUCAAUAGUGCCGUCUGGUACCCCAAUCUUCGUCUGGUUAAGAGUCUUUUCCUGUUCCGUCUCGGCGCCAUUCUCUUUCACUUCAUACCUGGCUUUUUCCUCGACUUGGUUACCAAGUUAUCAGGUGGCAGGCCCAUCUUAAUGCGCUUGCAUAAGAAUGUAUGGAACUCAUUGAAUACCCUGGAGAAGUUUAUAUUUACGGAGUGGCAUUUUGAUAGCAAACGUCUAUUGGCUCUGUCGAAAGCUCUAGAUCCCGUUGAUAGAAAGAAGUUCAUUAUCGACAUUAGUGAGCUUACCUGGGAUGAAUACUUUGCCAACACUAUUCGAGGUGUGCGUCAGUAUCUGAGCAAGGAGUCUCCAAAGAACCUGGAAAAAGCGCGUCGCAAAGAUAAAAUUCUCCUGGGCCUCCACGUUGUGCUGCAAUUAGUCUUCUACUACGGCAUCUUCAAAUUGAUUAUUGGGUUGACCGGGGUGUCUUCAGCGAAGGCUGCUCUCAUAUUGCCCGUGUUUUACUAUCUGUUUGGACUGAUUUAGGGUCAAAUUACAUCUGAGCAUGUAUGUUAUAUAUAGUUCUAACAGUUCUCAAUUAUUUAUGUAUAAUUUGAUCAAGGUUUGGUAUUACAUUUAUUCAUUUAUUCUGAAUGCAAAAUAUAAGAUAACCAAGCUGUGAGUUACAGCAUGAAAACAAAA